AUCUUGGGAAAGAGCCGUCAGAUAAUGUUGACGAAAUUUGAAACCAAGAGUGCUAGAGUUAAAGGUCUUUCCUUCCAUCCCAAAAGACCCUGGGUUUUGGCAUCUCUACACAAUGGAGUUAUUCAAUUAUGGGAUUAUCGCAUGGGCACUCUUAUGGACAAGUUUGAUGAACAUGAUGGACCUGUAAGAGGAGUCUGCUUUCACCAUCAACAACCUCUUUUUGUUUCUGGAGGAGAUGAUUAUAAAAUAAAAGUUUGGAAUUACAAACAAAAAAGAUGCAUAUUCACUUUAACUGGUCAUCUCGAUUAUGUUAGGACAACGACAUUCCAUCAUGAAUACCCAUGGAUUUUAAGUAGUUCAGAUGAUCAAACAAUUCGCAUUUGGAACUGGCAGAAUCGAUCAUGUGUUAGUGUGUUAACUGGACAUAGCCAUUACGUUAUGGCAGCCACAUUUCAUCCAACAGAAGAUUUGAUUGUCUCCUGUUCUCUUGAUCAAACUGUAAGAGUCUGGGAUAUUUCUGGGCUGCGAAAGAAAAAUAUUUCUCCUGGUCCAGGUGGAUUAGAUGAUCAUUUGAAGCACCCUGGGCAAACAGAUCUCUUUGGCACAGCAGAUGCCGUUGUAAAACAUGUUCUCGAAGGACACGAUCGGGGAGUAAACUGGGUAAGCUUCCAUCCUACCCUACCCUUAAUUAUAUCUGGCGCAGAUGAUCGGCAAAUUAAGCUAUGGAGAAUGAACGAGUCAAAAGCCUGGGAAGUUGACACUUGCAGAGGUCAUUAUAAUAAUGUUUCUUGCGUUCUUUUCCACCCAAGACAAGAAUUAAUUGUAUCUAAUAGUGAAGAUAAAAGUAUCCGUGUUUGGGAUAUGUCCAAAAGAACUGCCGUGCAAACAUUUAGAAGGGAAAAUGAUAGAUUUUGGGUUUUGGCCGCUCAUCCCACACUAAAUAUAUUUGCAGCCGGUCAUGAUUCAGGCAUGCUCGUUUUCAAGCUUGAAAGAGAACGACCAGCUUUCUCUGUUGAAAAAAAUUUACUGUACUAUGUGAAAGAAAAGCUUUUACGAAGACUAGAUUUUAACACAAGCAAGGAUACAGCCGUAAUGCAAUUGAGAGGAGGCCUUAAAUCCCCAGUAUAUAGCAUGUCCUUUAAUCCAGCGGAGAAUGCUGUUUUACUAACCACCAGAGCAAGCUCACCGGAAAAUAGUGUAUAUGAUCUCUACGGUGUUCCAAAGGAUUCUGAUUCUCAGAAUCCAGAUGCUCCUGAUAGCAAAAGAAGCUCAGGAUUAACUGCCAUUUGGGUUGCAAGGAAUAGAUUUGCCGUUCUUGAUCGAUCCCAUACUAUCAUUGUAAAGAACUUGAAAAAUGAAAUAACUAAAAAAGUUCAAUUGCCUAAUUGUGACGAAAUAUUUUAUGCUGGAACCGGUUGCCUACUCAUUAAAGAUGGCGAUAAUGUAACAAUGUUCGAUGUUCAGCAAAAACGUCAAUUAGGACAAGUGAAAGUACCAAAAUUACGUUAUGCAGUUUGGUCACCAGAUAUGGCCAACGUAGCCUUAUUAGGAAAAGUUAACGUUGUUGUUUGUAACCGCAAAUUAGAAAAUCUUUGCUCUAUUCAUGAAAAUGUGAGAGUUAAAUCAGCAGCUUGGGAUGAAAAUGGUGUACUUAUAUAUACGACAUCGAAUCACAUUAAAUAUGCUCUUCAUAAUGGAGAUCAUGGUAUUAUUAGAACCUUGGAUACGCCUGUUUACAUCACCCGCGUUAAGGGUAGCAAUGUUUAUUGCUUGGAUAGGGAAUGCCGACCAAGAGUUCUCGGUAUUGACUGCACUGAAUACAAAUUUAAAUUAGCUCUCAUCAAUCGAAAGUAUGAUGAAGUAUUGCACAUGGUUAGAAACGCAAAACUAGUUGGUCAAUCUAUUAUUGCCUAUUUGCAACAAAAGGGUUACCCGGAAGUGGCCCUUCACUUCGUUAAAGAUGAAAAGACGAGAUUUGGUUUGGCUUUAGAAUGUGGCGAAAUUGAAACUGCUUUAGAGAGUGCUAGAGCCUUAGAUGAUACUGAAUGCUGGAAAAAAUUAGGUGAAGUUGCCUUAUUGCAAGGCAAUCAUCAAAUUGUUGAGAUGGCUUAUCAAAGAACAAAAUCAUUCGAUAAGCUUAGUUUCCUCUAUUUAAUAACUGGAAAUUUAGAAAAGCUUAAAAAGAUGAUGAAAAUAGCAGAAAUUAGAAAGGACCGUAGUGCCCAAUUUCAGAACGCUUUAUACUUGGGAGAUGUAAAGGAACGACAUAAAAUCCUUCAAGAUUGCGGUCGUAAAUCACUAGCAUAUCUAGCUGCCGCUACUCAUGGCUUAGACGAGGAGGCUGAACAACUUAAAGUAAAACUUGAAAGUGCAAAUGAAAAAGUUCCCGAAAUAAUGCCUGAUGCCCAGCUUCUGCAACCUCAACCACCAAUAGCCCAACACGAAACUAACUGGCCACUGUUGACGGUUUCGAAGGGUUUCUUUGAAAGACGAUGGGCGGCUGGAGGAACGGCUCAGAGACAAGAUAAAUUGAUUGCCGUUGAUGAUGGAGAAGAUGCUGAAUGGUCUGAUAACGAAGUAAUAAUAGAUGAGGAUGGUGCAAUUAUCGAGGUGAACGAAGAGGAUGUUGAAGCAAAAGAAGGUGAUGGCUGGGACCCGGAUGAUGCAGACAUUGAUUUACCUGACAUGGACUUGGGAGACACUGAAAUUGGAAGUGGUGCUGGCAGCGAGGGCUUCUUUGUACCUCCUACAAAGGGUACUUCCCAAUCUCAGAUCUGGUGUAAUAAUUCGCAACUUCCGGUAGAUCAUAUAUUGGCGGGUUCAUUUGAAACGGCCGCUCGCUUACUACACGAUCAAAUUGGUGUCGUACAGUUUAAGGAGUAUAAAUCACUUUUUCUUCAAACCUACUCACGAUCCAAAACAUGUUAUCAAGCCACGCCCUCUAUCGAGCCUCUCUUUGGUUAUCCUCAUAGAAAUUGGAAAGAUGCUGGGCCUCGACAAGGUGUUCCAGCAGUUGGUUUGAAAUUAGGUGAUCUUGUUCAAAGACUCCAGAGUGCUUAUCAAUUGACCACAAGUGGAAAAUUCGGAGACGCCAUUGAAAAAUUUAGAUCAAUACUCUUGUCAGUUCCCUUGCUAGUUGUGGACAACAAACAAGAGUUAGCUGAAGCCCAACAGCUUAUUGAGAUAUGCCGAGAGUAUAUACUUGGAUUAAGUAUGGAACAGGCAAGGAAAGAACUGCCAAAAGAUUCCAUAGAAGAUCAAAAGAGAAUCUGCGAAAUGGCUGCUUAUUUCACCCAUUGCAAAUUGCAACCUGUCCAUAUGAUUUUGACUUUGAGGAAUGCUAUGAAUUUAUCAUUUAAAAUUAAAAACUUUAGAUUGGCCUCAAGUUUUGCAAGGAGGCUAUUGGAACUCGGACCAAAGCAGGAAAUUGCUUUACAGGCAAGGAAACUUGCUGCAGUUUGUGAAAAGAAUCCAACGGAUGCUCACGAUUUGAGAUAUGAUGAACAUAACCCCUUCGAUGUUUGCGCUUCUAGUUACAUACCUAUUUACAGAGGCAAGCCGGUUGUUAAAUGUCCUCUUAGUAAUGCUUGCUACCUACCAGAGUUUAAAGGACAAGUUUGUCAAAUUACCAAGGUUACGGAAAUCGGAAAGGAUUGUAUAGGAUUGAGAAUAAGUCCACUUCAAUUCCGUUGA